AUGGCCAACAGUCAGAGGAUGUCCCUUGUGGAUCUGAGAUCAUUAAUAGAGAACCAUAACCAAAUAAAAAUCGGGAAUGAUUUAGAACAUUCUAAACUGUCCAAUAGUAUAGUUGGUAACAGAGAUUUAUCGCAAAUUACAACUCAAGAUACAACAACAGCAUUAUUCAUUAAUGACAAUGAUAAAAAGGAUGAAUCUAUAAAUCCUAACACACGAUUAAAUGACUUCAACUAUCUUCCAUUAGUUAAUUUUCCAAAAUUCACUAAAGAUUCCCUAAAUGAUAAGAAAGAAUCUUACGGGAUAGAGUUACCAAAAGUAUCAAAGAAGGAUAAGAAAAAAAUUAUAUCAAAGGAAGGUGAUGUAGAUAAGAGAAAUGUAAAACUAAAAGAUAAAUGUGUAGAGAAUCAAUCAUCAGAUAUAGCAGAAUCAGAAAAUAGAGAAUUAAAAGAGUUAGAUAAUCUUGAAUUGAACAUGAGAAUUAAAGGUUGUUUGGGAAUUUUAAAAACUGAAAUAUUGACGUCGAUACUGAAAAAUGAAUUUAAUGAGGAAGAUGUAAACAUAAUAGAAGAUUCUAACAUAAAUGAAAGAAAAAUUAUUAUUGAUAAAAUAUUGAGCCAUUUAAUUGGUUAA